AUGAGUGGUCUCAAGAAGAAGCGAAUUCAACAGGCUUGUCGACCUUGUGGCAUCAAGAGGGUCAAAUGCGACGGCUCGAUGCCCUGCGUCACCUGCCGUCGAUCCGGUGAAGUCUGCGAGUACGGUCAGCCCAAGAAGCGAGGCCCACCCAAAGGCUCGACACGUGGUGGCAGCAAGGCCGCUAAGCGCAAAGAUCAAGUCCAACAGACAUCCUUCCGUAAAGACGCUCACGAUGCAGCCACAACAUUGCCCGUUCAGUCCACUCGUGACUACGCUGCCGGCUUGCCUUCGUCAGCAGAUCCCAGCAUCUCUGCGGCUCCAUUCUCGCGACCGCCGUUGCCACCGCCGACAUCUCGAGAGGCAGACUGGGAUCGUGGUCCGACGGCCGCGCCUGCAUCGUCUUCAGCCGUGGGGCGAUACUUGCCGCACAGUUCGGCUUACGCCACGUCCUACGGUGCAUUACCGCCACACGCAUCUGCACUUUCCGAGUCCUACCCAUACUCGUCUCACAACUCGCCAGAUUCCAACCAUCGCAGCGAAGCUUAUCGGGCAGGUGGAUCCGCUCACGACGGCAGCGUCGGCAGUCCCAAUUAUGGCGGAAUCAACACCUAUAGCAACAGCUACCAUCCUGCUCACUCUCAUCCGUCCAGAUACGAUCCCGCUUCUGCAUCGCAUGGAUCUGCCAAACACCGUGCCGAGCCAUUCUAUCGCGGUGGCAGCAGCGGCCUUGGCCUCAUUCGCCCUCCGCCUGGCACAGCUGAUCGCAAAUUGCCUCCUCUUGAUUUCCAGGCCAGCCAUCCUUCCAGUAGGUCGUCAUCAUCACCGAAUCACUACGGCAGGCUCUCGAUCACAUCCGACACCUUCGAGUCUGCCCUAUCAGGACGCUCGGCCGCAACCAGAUCGGUCUCCAAGACUUCAGCACCAUACGCUCGUCCUUCGCCAACGGCCGCUGCGAGCUUCGCAAACAGUCACGCCGCCGCACCGGCCCUGUACGAUCCUGCAAACUUACCUCUAGACUCAUCGCGCUACGAUCAUCGAUCCACACACGGCAGCACGAUUCCAACGUCUCAAAGCAUCGCCUCAUCGAGACAAGUUGACGGCGACAAAAGCGAGCUUAGCCGUCCAUCAGGGACGCGCUCACAACACGCGGGCGAGAGCAAUCAGCUGUUGGUGGAGGGGGCGCUUUUGCAAAUGCAGCGGGACCGUCUACACGAUCCGGCUUACAAAGCAGGCUCCGCCGACUUGAGCGGUCCCCGCUAUACGUCUUCGGAGGACGUCAACCUCGAGCCGCUCCUCUGGGUCGAGCCUGGUGACGGGAGCAGGAACGGCGUCAAUCGAUCCGGCGUCUCGCUCAACAAGCCCGAGAUCCCGCCGCUCAUCCAAGAGCGCCUCUUCACCAUUUUCUGGGGCAUCGUCGAGACCAUCUGGCCUGCUCUUUACAAGCCCGCGCUCUGUCUCACCGGCUUCGACGUGAUCGAUCCGGAGAAACAUCCGAUGCUUCACAAUGCAGCUUGCGCACUCGCGGCCGUCGCUUGGGACUCGGGCGACUUUGGAGUUUCAGUCGAGGAUACCGAAGCGACGCAGUCAGAUUGGGUCGAACGAACGGUCUCCGACCUCAGCUUCAGCUCUGGCUCCGCUCAGCUGGGUGAUGGUACCAGCUUGCGGCGUCUCAAUGCGGCCGACCUGGGCGACAUUUUCCUCGCUAGAGCGAAAUACUAUCUCGUCAAGACGAACAAUGAGCCCAGCCUGGAGACCAUUCAGUCGCUUCUGUUCAUGGCUUUGCGAGAGGGCGGCAAUGGUCGGGCGAGUCAGGCCUCGGCAUACAUCUCGACGGCAUGCAGGAUGUGCGUCGACCUCGGUCUCCACCGACAGCGAGACUUUACCUCGGUCCUCGGGCUCCAGUUCUCGCACGCCGAGGAGCAAGCACGACGUAGGAUCUUUUGGUGCCUCUAUCUGCUCGACAAGACGUCGUCUGCGUCGUUGGGCCGACCUGUGACGUUGCGGUACGCAGAGAUCGAUUGUCCCUUGCCCGACGUUGACGAGGUCGACGAACACGAGACCUGGGCGGAAACGACCAACAAUAGCUCGCUUAUCAAAGACCAUGCACGCAGCAUGUUGCUCAAGACUCCUGUCGCGGCCAUGACCCAUCUCAAAUCUGGCGUGCGCCUCGGCCACAUCUGUGAACAGAUCAUUGCCAUCUACACGCACGUGCAGCGCGGAGCCGAGGACGACGAUUCGGGCUCGGUCCGCACCAACGACGGCGAGACUGUGCCCGAAUGGGAGACUCGCUUGGUUCGACUGCACACAAAGCUGGUAGCGUGGGAGCGCGACUUGCCGUACCGCCUUCGGUUCGACGUUCCCUCGCAUCGCCUGCCCAACACGCUCUCGCAGCAUCUCUGGUACCAGGCGUGCAAGGUGAUGCUGCAUCGGCCCUACAUUCUCAAGCAGUCGUCUCGUCCUGAUCUGCCACCCUCGCAUCGUAUCUGCACCGACGCCGUGGGUAGUAUCUGCGACAUCCUGACCGCAUACGACAACAAUUUUGGGAUGCGAAAGCUUUCGUCGACGUUCACCUACUGCAUCUUUACCGCUUCUACGAUCGAGAUCGCCAACACCACAUCGACCGACGCAGUGAUCGCGUUGGAGGCCAAACGGAGGCUGAGGAAGUUCAUGACGUGGCUCUCGCGGAUGAGCGGAACGUGGCAGAGCGCAAGCCACCAUCUCAAGAUUUUGGAGCAGUUGGGACACGGAAUCGAUGCGGACCUCGACGGGACAGGGUUGCCGAGUCACAGAGGGGUGAGCGGACCGGAUGGUAUGACGGUGAGCCGUGCAGAUAGCCCAUCGGCUACUGUUGCGACGGCCAAGAGCGCCGGUGCCGACGCGGGUGCAUCUACGCUAUCGAUGCCCAACGUGCAGGACCAGCAGCAGCAGAUGGCGCAAUCGAAUGGAGGAGAUCUGGUCUCCAAUUCGGGCGCGAGUGGAAUGACGCUUCCACAAUCGAUCCCCGCGAUGGCCAACGAUGACCUCGCGGGACAAUCCAUCCCAGGCCCCAUUGGAGCUCCCAUGUACCUCACGCGUCCUCGCGUCAGCUACCAGAUUCCAGCAGCGCUACAGGGGGAUCUGCAAGCUCGAUUUCAAGCGUCCGGUCAAAACCCAGGCCUGACGUACGGCUGGCCCACAGGAUCUCGCCUGGACUCAGCCAACGACAACAGCCACGUAGCAGCAGCCUCCGGUCCAAUGUUCGAACCUUCCACCGCCGCAGCGGGCGCCGCCCAACCCAUAUCCGACAGAAUGACGUCCGUAUCCGACACCGCUGCUGCCAACUUGACCGGUGGAGGGCAGGCGACUCCAACAGCCUAUCUCAAGCUGCACGAUACCUCGUACUGGGGAGCAAUGCCGCUUUCCUCUGAGGAUCCAUUGUCGUGGGCCAACUUUACCAGCUCCUACAUCGAAGCGCUCAACGGUAUGACUCAACCUAUCGCUUCCACUGCUCAGAUCAGUAAUACCCAACGGCAGUGA